AUGAUAACACCAUCCACCGAACUGAUAACACCAUCCACCGUACUAAUAACACCAUCCACCAUACUGAUAACACCAACCACCGUACUGAUAACACCAACCACCGUACUAAUAACACCAUCCACCAUACUGAUAACACCAACCACCGUACUGAUAACACCAACCCACCGUACUGAUAACACCAACCACCGUACUGAUAACACCAACCACCGUACUAAUAACACCAACCACCGUACUAAUAACACCAACCACCGUACUGAUAACACCAUCCACCGUACUGAUAACACCAACCACCGUACUAAUAACACCAACCACCGUACUAAUAACACCAACCACCGUACUGAUAACACCAACCACCGUACUGAUAACACCAACCACCGUACUGAUAACACCAACCACCUUACUAAUAACACCAACCACCGUACUGAUAACACCAACCACCGUACUGAUAACACCAUCCACCGUACUAAUAACACCAUCCACCGUACUAAUAACACCAACCACCGUACUGAUAACACCAACCACCUUACUAAUAACACCAACCACCGUACUGAUAACACCAAUCACCGUACUAAUAACACCAACCACCGCACUGAUAACACCAACCACCGUACUAAUAACACCAACCACCGUACUGAUAACACCAACCACCGUACUAAUAACACCAUCCACCGUACUAAUAACACCAUCCACCGUACUAAUAACACCAACCACCGUACUGAUAACACCAAUCACCGUACUAAUAACACCAACCACCGCACUGAUAACACCAACCACCGUACUAAUAACACCAUCCACCGUACUAAUAACACCAUCCACCGUACUAAUAACACCAUCCACCGUACUAAUAACACCAUCCACCGUACUAAUAACACCAUCCACCGUACUAAUAACACCAUCCACCGUACUAAUAACACCAUCCACCGUACUAAUAACACCAUCCACCGUACUAAUAACACCAUCCACCGUACUAAUAACACCAUCCACCGUACUAAUAACACCAACCACCGUACUAAUAACACCAUCCACCGUACUAAUAACACCAACCACCGUACUAAUAACACCAUCCACCGUACUAAUAACACCAACCACCGUACUGAUAACACCAUCCACCGUACUAAUAACACCAUCCACCGUACUAAUAACACCAUCCACCGUACUAAUAACACCAUCCACCGUACUAAUAACACCAUCCACCGUACUAAUAACACCAACCACCGUACUGAUAACACCAACCACCGUACUAAUAACACCAACCACCGUACUAAUAACACCAUCCACCGUACUAAUAACACCAUCCACCGUACUAAUAACACCAUCCACCGUACUAAUAACACCAACCACCGUACUAAUAACACCAUCCACCGUACUAAUAACACCAUCCACCGUACUGAUAACACCAACCACCGUACUGAUAACACCAACCACCGUACUAAUAACACCAACCACCGUACUAAUAACACCAUCCACCGUACUGAUAACACCAUCCACCGUACUAAUAACACCAUCCACCGUACUAAUAACACCAUCCACCGUACUAAUAACACCAACCACCGUACUAAUAACACCAUCCACCGUACUGAUAACACCAACCACCGUACUGAUAACACCAACCACCGUACUGAUAACACCAACCACCGUACUGAUAACACCAUCCACCGUACUAAUAACACCAACCACCGCACUGAUAACACCAACCACCGUACUGAUAACACCAAUGUUAAUUAA